CAUUCCUCAGUUUAUGACUACCGUGUACACCUUGGCCGGGUGUUUUUUUUCUGAAGACAGUGGUCACUUUAAUGUGUGAAGAAAACAGGAGUAAACUAUCGCUCUGGUAACCGAAGCACUUGGCUAAGUCACCGUUUUGUGUUUCGCCUGUAGCUGUAGCUUUGUGGAAGCCAAGUGUACGUGAUCUCCGCUCAAGGAACAGCGGAGGAGAUUUCUGAGCCUGACCUGUGUUCACUCCGCGAUGCCAGCAGCACCACAUUCCCAAAUGACGAUCCCGUCAGAUGCCAUGCGCAGGAUCGGUAUCCUCGGGGUCCAAGGUGCAUUUUCAGAACACAAAGCUGCAUUAUUAAAAGCAAACGCUCUUCUAGUAAAGCCAGUAGAUCUGGAAAUAGUAGAUGUAAGAAGUGUGGACGACAUCAGAGACGAUAUAGAUGGUCUGAUCAUUCCUGGCGGGGAAAGCACUGUCAUUAGCAUGUUCCUGAGAAGAAAUAAAAUGGAGGACAGGCUGAGAUCCUGGAUACGGAAUGAAAAUCACGUGACCUGGGGAACCUGCGCCGGGAUGAUCUUACUUGCCGAACGAUCUGAGCAUCAGAAAGAUGGCGGUCAGCCACAGGUAAUCGGAGGUCUGGAUAUUGUGGUAGACCGUAACUUCUUCGGACGCCAGGUACACAGCUUCGAGGCCGACGUGAAGCUAGCUGAGGUCCCGGACUUACGACAACGGAACAAGACCGGUGUCACUCAAGAGACUUUCUCGGGGGUUUUCAUUCGGGCCCCAGCUGUUGUUAAGAUCAUGGACCCCGCAGUGAGCGUGCUCGCCACCCUUGACUGUCCCUCUCGUCAAACGUCAGACUUAGCUGUAGCCGUGAGACAGAAUAACCUAAUGGCUACGGCCUUCCAUCCUGAACUCACCGAAGACCCCACGUGGCAUCUGUAUUUCCUAAAAACAGUCUUGAACCUUAAAGUUUCCAGUAAGAGGUGACAUUUUUAGUGUCACUUAUUAAACACGAAACAUAUACAUACAAUAAAGAUGUUAUGCCUCUGAAAAAAAAAAG